AAUGAGCAUAACUACUGCUCUAACUAACCUGGAGAAAGUGCCUGGGAAAGCACAAGCAGAAAUGCUUCCUUCGUAACGUGAAAUUAAAGUGAUAUAACAAGACAAAGCAAAUUAUUUCACAAAUAACUUUAAGACUGAAAAAUUAACUAUAAAGUCAGAUAUGGAAGAAAGUCAGUGAAGCGUCCAUUGAGGCAGAACAUCAGUGUAAUUAUGGUCAGUGUCUAAAUGUGGGGGCAGUGAGGCCGAGGAGCCUGCCACCAGUUACACUGACUCAGUGCUGAUGUUAACAUUUGAAUAUCGUCAUUCUCUCAGGGCUGAAUGCUAAUGACCGGAAAAUGGAUGGCACAAUGGUGACUUAAGCAUGAAUGAAGACACACACACACACACACACACAUAAAGGUAACCCUAGCCUUUAUAUAAAAAGGAGGCAGGUCCCUGAGGUCUGUGCCCCAUUUCGACACCAGCAGAACUACAAGAAGACAUAACACACAGCACCGAAAACAUCUGCUCCUAUUCAGACAUCAUCAAAGCAAACAGGGAAACUACAUCGCACCAAACUCCAAACAUGAACCACUUUCAGAUGCUUCGCGUACUUCUGCUCUCCAUCCUAAUUCUCAACCAGUGUGAAUCCACCCCACUGAGCAGCCAGUGUGUGGAUGAGUCCUUCUGCACAUACAACCUGCAGGACUACUACAGCCAAUUGGUCAACCUGCCCAACCGCAUCAACGAGCGCAGCAUCGCAACCUGGAGUUACGUUGAAAACAUCGACCUAAACCGAGUCCCUCAAGUCAUCCACGAGGCCAGCUGCCAUACCACUCACUCCUGCCGGGGGCUUGAAAGUAAUUUUGGUUUGGAGACCAUCCCUGUGUCCUUGAGGAUGCCUGUCCUUCGGAAAAACCCCAACUGCUUUCCAACAUCCAGUUACUCACUGGAGUUUGAGCUCAUCAACAUUGCUUGUAUAUGUGCAAUCUCCAGACACAGUUGAAUAAGAUGAACUGCUCGAGUGUCAACAGGUGAAUGGCAAUCAGAAAAAGUGUGCAAAAAUCCAUUAUCUAUAUAAGUGUAAUCAGAUAAUGUCACAAGUCAAUAUAUAUGUAAUUAAAGCUGUUUUACAGUAACUGGUAUUACUGUGUCUGUGGAAUAUUUUUACAAGUAAGUGUGUGAUGGUGGCAACUAUUUUUUAUUUACAUUGUAUUUUUGGUAUAAUGAUUAAAAUAGAAUUGCAAAUUAAAUCGCAUUUUAACUAAAAAAUGAAAUUAUAUAUGUUCAGAAUUAAAUUAAUUGAAACUGAAUAUUUCACCUAUACUAUGACAACAGCCUUUUGGCGGGUACAGAUGUCAGUGUGACUGUGAUAGGCUCCGAAAUACUGCAAACUCUGUACUCAACUACAGGGUUAAUGGAUAAAGGUCCUCCCGUAUUCCGUUAUGACCUCGAUUUUGUCUGACAUAUUUCUAACAUAACACUACAAUCAUUCC